CAGCCAGAAUGUGUUAGAAGUGAAACCUGAAGCCAGAUCACCCUGAGCAUGAGAGCAGCUCUCUUACCUUUUGGGCCAAAUUAACCUAAAUUAAAAGCAGAGCAGCUUUGGUGGGUUGUGCUGGCAGGUACAGGCCUCUCUAGGAGUCAGGGAAGGCUUUAGGAAGGGGGUGACAUUUGAGGGGGCCUUAGAGGGAGCAGGGGGAAGGUGAGCAGGAAGCACAUCCUAGAUUUGUGGGGGCGAGGGGACGGGAGGUCGGGGUGGGCUGUUGUGGAAAGGAGCCCAGUUUGGCUCAGCAGGAGUUGUCAUGGAAGCAAUCUGAAGUCAGCCUAGAUCUGCCCAGGGGAGGACGGGUGCUUUAAAUGCCCCCCAAAAGCAGAAGCCGCCCCUGCCCUGUCGCUCCCGGGCCUUCUGCCGGCCUCCUCCUGCCCUGGCUUCUCAUCUCUCCCUCAUCUUCUCAUCUUCAGCCCUGCCCGAUCUCCUCUCCGUGCUCUCCCCAGCGCCAUGGUUUCGUUCCUGGUGGGCCAGAAGGACAAGCUCUUCCAGAGCAGAGAGCAGACCUACAGGAUCCCGGCCCUGAUCUACCUGGCCCAGCACCACACCCUGUUGGCGUUCGCCGAGCAGAGGGCCGGCAAGGCCGACGAGAAGGCCAAGAAAAUCGUCCUGCGCAGAGGGCAGUACCAGGCGGAGACCCACCAGGUGCAGUGGCAAGAGAUGGAGGUGAUGGAGACGGCUCAGCUGGAGGGUCACCGCUCCAUGAGCCCCUGCCCGGUGUAUGACGAGGACACGGGGACCCUGUUUCUGCUGUUCAUAACCGUCCCAAAUGAAAUCUCGGAAUCCCACCAGCUCCAAAACAAGACCAACCUGGUGCGCGUGUGCUACGUGACCAGCCGGGACUUGGGGAGCACCUGGAGCCCAGCCACAGACUUCACCUCUUCUGCCAUCGGGCCCAUCUACACGCAGUGGGCCACGUUUUGCAUUGGCCCGGGCCACGGCGUGCAGCUCCACAACCGGUCCCGGAGCCUGGUGGUCCCCGCCUAUGCUUAUCGGCUCCUCGAGUCCCAGAAGCAGCCCACCCCCCACACCUUCUGCCUCCGCAGUGACGAUCACGGGGAGACGUGGAAGAUGGGACACUUUGUGAGCAUGGGAAACACCUCCGAAUCCCAAGUGGCCGAAGUCUCCGCUCACGGGGAGAAGGUCCUGUACUGUAACUCCAGAAGCUCCCUCGGGAGGAGGGUCCAGGCGGUCAGCCCCAAUGAUGGGGACGACUUCCAGGACGCCCGACAGAUCGAGAAACUGAUCGAACCGCCACAUGGCUGCCACGGAAGUGUGAUCGGCUUCCCUAAUCCCACGCCAAAUGUCCCGGGCUCGGCGGACACCUGGGUGCUUUACUCCCAUCCCACAGAUCCUCUGAGGCGGAGAGAUUUGGGCUUGUAUAUUAACAGGGAUCCCUUGGACCCAGCAGGUUGGAGCAAGCCGGUCAUCCUCUCAAAUGGCUUCUGUGCUUACUCGGACCUCCAGUAUAUGGGGCUAAGCCCCAAUGGGUCACCCCAGUUUGGCUGCUUAUUUGAACAUGGAGAUUAUGAGGAAAUCUUCUUUGUCGCGCUCACCCUCCAGGACCCCUUCUUCUAGUGGCCGCUCGUGCCAGGCAAGAAACACUUCUCCCGCUCGGAUCCACUCCUUCCUCUCUGAGCGUGUCCCCAACAUCAAUCACUGUCCCUCGGGACGUGUGAGUUCUCAAUGUCAAUCACCGGCUUCCUCCAUUAAAAGCCCAUGGUAACGCA